AUAUGUCUUGUUGGACUUGAAAAUGGCAUACACAAUCAAAUCUCAAUCACAAUAAUUUUGCAUUUAACAACAAAAUGAUGGAAGCGGUUUAUUGUUUAUGUGGACGUACUUAUGAUCCUAAUGUAUUUAUGAUACAAUGUGAUGUAUGUAAAGAUUGGUUUCACGGCAGCUGUUGUAACUUUCAAGAAUACACCGCGAUAGAAAUAGAGAAGUUCCAUUGCCCUAGAUGUUCCCCAAUUUACGGAUCUUCAAUAUAUAAACCGUAUUUAAACUGGCACAGAUAUGACUAUUGGGAUGGCAACGCGUCGACGAAGUCUGUGCAGACGGGAACUCCAGUUUUUGUACGCGAAUUAAGAGGUCGUCAUUUUACAAAUGAUAGCGAAGUAGUUACACAUAUGAGAGGGCAACAGUUGACUGACACCCUGUUGCAACAGCAGGGAUUUAGUAAUCCUAUAAUAGUCGACAGCGUCGAUGGUUUGGGUAUGAGUGUUCCUCCUAGUAAUUUUAGUGUGUAUGACGUCGAAGCUUCCGUCGGUGGCGAAAUGGAACUCGAUGUAAUAGAUGUUACGAGACAAUCCGAUAUUAAAAUGAAACUUAGUGAUUACGUCGCUUAUUACAAUAGUACCAAUCGAAUACGAAUUUUCAACGUCGUUAGCCUCGAAUUUUCCGAAACAGGAUUGUCCAGAUAUGUGGAAGCUCCAAUGGUUGCACGAAAAUUAGAUUGGGUUAAUAUAAUGUGGAUGCGAAACUACCAUAUACCUCCACCACGUGUUCAAAAGUAUUGUUUAAUGAGUGUAAAAGAUUCGUAUACUGACUUUCAUGUCGACUUCGGUGGUACAAGCGUUUGGUAUCACGUGCUGAGAGGUGAAAAGAUAUUUUAUUUUAUUCGGCCCACACCUGCAAAUCUAACAUUGUAUCAGCAGUGGAUGACUUCUUCAAAUCAAAGUGAAACCUUUUUCGGCGAUCAAGUCGAUUGUUGUUAUAAGUGUACUUUACGGCAAGGUCAAACUAUGUUGGUUCCAACAGGGUGGAUACAUGCAGUUCUAACACCGGUUGACGCUUUGGUGUUCGGAGGGAAUUUUAUGCACAGUUUGAACAUUCCAAUGCAAUUACAAAUUUACGAAAUUGAAAAAAAAGUCAAAACCUUAGAGAAGUUUAGGUUUCCUUUUUUUGAAACGAUGAACUGGUUUGCUGCUCAAAAACUCUAUCAGCAAAUACGCGAAUUAAAUAGCGAGGAAAAGAAGUGUCCCGAUCUGCUUUUAGCUGGUCUAAAGGCUCUCUUGGCAGUAUUAAAACAAUGGAAUUUAGAAAAGGAUUAUAAUGUUAACGUACGAGAGCAAAUACCCACCACAAUAAAUUCGGCAAAACUGAUUAAAGAUAUAUCAAAAGAGAUUCGGCACGCUGAACGCUUCAUAAAUGCACUAAAUCCUCCCAAACCAGAACGCGAAUCAAAGAGGAAGAGGAAACGGCCCUUCAAUAAAGACUUUGUCGAUUACCCGCUGUCUCCAAAAUCAUCCCAAGAGUAUUUUUCGGAACCAAGAAUUGAGCCCAACCAGCCACGAAUUAAAUUAACGUUACCCAAACCGGCGAUGUAUCCAUACGAGAAUAUAUCGUCGCAUAACAUAUACGCCAAUAAUCAAGAACCGGCCACGCCUUGGGAUAGCAAUCUGUUCUACCGUCCUGAAGAAACUACCGCUAUUCAUCGAGGAGGGGCAGUUUUAAAAUUUAAAUUAGGAACCAAAGACUAUUUCGCCCACAAUAAACCCCCCGACGUUACCGAUACGGAGGUUGUGAACCAUUUAAUUUCGCCUUCUAGUACAAAAUCAAUUUAUGACUUCCACGAUGACAGUGAAAAAGAGGAGGGAAGAUUGAUGGUUGAUGAAAAUCAUAAAAAAGCAAAAAAAAAAUUGGCCGCUCCAAGAAAUGCACCGAAAUCGAAAUCCGCAACGUCGUGGUGUGUCAAAAAUAAAAAACCAAAAAAUGAAGGGGGUGACGGUUUACUGCCCAAAAAUGGGAUUGAAUCUCUCCUGAAGGCUUCCGUUCUUACAAACAAAAUUAAAAGGGAGGAGGGGGGCUGUGCGUCACCUUCUACAGAAGAUGCUAUAGCCGGAAUGUUAUCAAUUAGUCAAAUGUACAUCCAGCCUGGAAGGAAUGUAUCUAAAAAUUCGCGUAAACAUGGCGUAGAUAGUGACUCUCCUGUCGACGAGGAAAAUGUAAACAACGUUCAUCAGGACGAAGACUACAUUUAUCCGUCGUUAGAUAAUUCGGACGAUGAAGAAAUUCACAUAUUCAAACCGCGUGGUCGUUCAAAAAUUGACGAGGCGUGGAAUCCCAAGGCUAGAGUCGGCCCUCUGCUGCCGAAAAUGAACAGGCCGCUGAGGGAAGGGACAAAGAAACAGGCUGUAGAAAAGGUACUCGAAGCAGCGGCAGCUAAACGUGCAACUGAAUCUCCAGAAAAAAGUCCAAAACGACAAUAUAGGAAAAGAAAGAUAAAACCCAAGCCAGUUAUGAAGAGCCCACCAUCCAGUUCGUCUGCAGUUAGUACACUGCCUAGCACUUCUUCCACCAGUCCUAGCGUUGCAAUAACACACAAACAGCGAAAAGGAAUGAAAACGGUUAAACAGCGGCUGGGAAAAAUCUUAAAGAUCCACAAAAUGAUCUACUAGCCGUAAUUCGAUACUUGAAGAAUUGCAUCCGAUUUGUGUUCUUUUAUUAGUACAGUAUUGUUAGAUUAUGUUAAAAUCUAUUGUUUAGUAGAAUACUUUCAAUUUGAUUGGACGGAAUUGUAGAAUUUGUUUUUAUCCUUGUUAAUUAGUAGUAUAGCUAGUUUUUAACUUUUAACAAUAGCGUAUUUUCAGUUUAUGAUUUGUUAAACAUUUCUUAAUUUUAUUUAAAAUAAAACGAUUAUGAAUUUUGUA